AUGUGGAGCCGUCGCCGGCGUUUGGGGAAUCGCUCUAUUACCAUUCCGCGUGCGUCGUCGGUCUGUGCGCAUUUCAAAAGUGUGUUGUGUCAAAUGACGGCGGCGCGCCGCUAGAAAUUAAUAGUGCCAAAAAGAAAAAUAAAAAUCAAGACUGUAGAUAAAUAAUAAAAAACAAUGUCCCAACAACCACAAUAAUAUCAACAUUACCAACAAUAAAUUGAAAUAAAAAUGUCACUAUUCAGCGACAUCUUGCAAAAGAAACAUCAAGAGCCACAGCAUGCCAAAUCCACAACUAAACCAACUUUACCCAUUAUCAAUGAGCUGGUUAUGGACUCAGAGUUGGAGUCGGAGGCGGAAGAGUCCGACGAUUACAGUCUCAACUUUGUUGCUGGCCUCGGGACGACAAUCCAGCAUUUGAACAGCACCAGCUUGAGUAACAGCAUCACCAGCAGCUCACUGAACUCUCUGACAUCCAGCUGCACAAAAGAGUCGAAUACGACGAUCAGUGAACAACCGUCAAAUGCCAGCAAACACUUUGAGAACACAUACAAGCUGCUCGGUAGGCAUCUCGAGAGCAACUGCCUGCGCACUGCGGACAAGUUGCAACAGCUAGACAGACUCCAAGCCGAAAGCAGCCUGGAGAGCAGCAGUCUGAGCAGCUUAACUAGCUUGAAUAGCUCCUGUGCCGCCGCCUCGCUGUCGGCCAUUGUCAAUGGCACCAAGCCGGCUCCCACUCGUCUUGAACUCGAACUGGAGGCCGUUGAGCGCAUGCGCGUCAUAGUCCAGCAAAUGAAGACAACGCCCAAAGAGUCACAAUCAGUCAGUGCAUCUGCACCACUCCUGGCACUGUUGCAUGAUUUCGCUGCCAAAGGACAACCAGCUUAUAAUGCCAAUCCCAACAACAGCACGCCCUGCACUCCUGCUCCAAGCCCCAUUACGGGUGCUCUGCCUCCUGAGGGACCCAACUUCGAGCUGCCCCCAGGACUGCUGGAAACAGCUAGCUCUUGGGAGCUCAUGUAUUAUGCAUCCAAAAAUGUCGAUGGCAAGAAUUGUCUUAAAGUUGUGCGCAGUCUCUUGACCAACAAAGUUCUAUGUGGUAAUCGUGUCAGCCAAAUGACUCGCGCUUACGAUGACAUUGAAGCUGUGACGCGUCUGCUCGAAGAGAAGGAAAAGGACUUGGAGCUGACUGUGCAAAUUGGCAAGGAAUUGCUAACUCAAAACAAUGGACUUGAGGCGCGUGUUAGCGAUCUGGAAUUGGAUCUGAAAUCUGCCAACGACGAUCGCGCUCAGCUCCUACAUGAGCUACACAAAAAGAACGAACUGAUAUCGGUGCUAACCAACGAUGCAGACGAUGGCACAGAUGCGGACACACCCACAAUGUCCAAAUCGAUCACGCUGGAUCUGUUGCAAAAGAAAGUGAAUUCAUUGUUGGAUGAAAACAAAACACUAAAGAGCGAAGCCACACAGUUGGCGCAUCAGACGGACGAAGUGGAGGAACACGAGCGACGACUGAUGGCGGAUAUCAGUGCACAAUUAAACGACGCGAACUCCCAAUACGAUAAUAUCAGUUUGGAGCUGGAGCGGCAGCGCGAGGAGAAUCGCUUGCAGCAUGAGCAGAUUGUCAGUUUAACGGCACGCCUGGCAGAGGCAGAGAUGCGACUGCAUCAGCUCACGCAGGACAACGAUGAGCACUUGUCGCUGCUGCACGUGACCAAAGAAAAUCAAAAUGCAUUGGCUCUCGAGUUGGUAGAGUUUAAGCAGCGCUAUGAGGAAGUGCUUGCAUUGCUGCACUCUGCCCAGGAUCAGUUGAAGCAGCAGCGCAAGCGAUCGCAACCGCAGGCGCGCAGCUCCUUCCUGGGCGGACUGGGCACUAAUGGAGCGGCUGCCGCCGUCGCCGUAGAGUCUUUGCAGUCGGAACUGAUGGAGUCUUCGCUGUACUCCGAGAUUAGUCUGGAUUCGGGCAUAUCGGGCGACAGCCAGCGCAGUGCAGAUCGCAUUAGUCGCAUGAUGUCACAGUUGCCAGGUGGCAUGGGAAUGGGUAUGACCACCAGCCUGGGAUCGAGCAGUAUCUAUGGCCAGCCACCAUAUAAGCGUGCAUUUGAUACGGUGCGCUGCGCCACUAAAUGCGGCAACUACAUGGACAGUGGAAAUGUGUCGAUGACGCAACUGGGUGCAAUGUCCAUGAGCAGCUCAUCGGGACCGCGAAUGGCGUCGAUGGCCUAUCCCGCUGGAUCUUAUUAUCGCGGAGCUAGUGGCGGCAGCAGCAAUUCGCUGGGUCUUAAGACGCUUUCUAAUGAAAGCCUCAACUCGCAGUCAGACGAUGGCUAUCCAGCACAACCAUCUGGUGUGCCUGGCGCUCCAGGGGCUAAGGAGCUAGAGGCGGCUCUCAAACGCCUGACACCUGCCGAGGUGUUGGCUCGACGCGCUAUGCUCUCCUAUGCUCCAGCCGGCACUUAUAACUAUGAUGAGCCCCAUCAAGGGCGAUGCGGCGGAUCCGCUGCUCAGGCGGCCGCUGCAGGAUUGGGCAUGGGCAUGAACUUGCCAAUGGGCGUGCGCACACCGGACAGCAUUAUGUCAACGGGUUCAGGGUCUUCGGGUCUCACAACGCACCAGUGGCGUCUUCCAGAGAAACUGCAGAUUGUAAAGCCUAUGGAGGGAUCACAAACGUUGCAUCAUUGGUCGCGCUUGGCGACUCCAACACUCAGCGGCCUCUUGGAGGAAAGACCUGGCGUCACCAUACGUGGUGGUCGCGGUCUCGAUGAUCUGGGCAUGCAGGUGUACACGCUAUCUGAUGUGGAGGAGGAUGUCAGUGAGGAGCUGGGUCUCGGCAAGCAAUUUGAAGCGCCUGGCUGUACCUAUACGUAUACUAAUAGCAUGGUAAUGCAUCCGGACGAUGGCUUCGUCAACGAUCUUUCAUUUCUCUCCCAGUCGCAAGUAUCCUCUCGCAUGGCAUCCACGUCAACAUCAAGACAACCAAGUUGUCCCGCAACACCACGUGCUGGGAUGUCACGGAAGAACUCCUGCUCGACGUUUUCAGUUAAUUUGGGUCUGGCUGGCAUGCUGAAUGAACGCGGCAUUAAGGCGGUGACGCCCAGUGCUCUCAACACUCCAGCUGGUCCAAAUUACUCUCCGACAGUGACGCCCUGCAACAGUCCAGAAGGAUCACCGCCUCGCGCUCAAUCGCCUGAGCCGUUAUUUGGGUUGCUAUCGUCUGGUGCCGAUUUGAUAAGACGCAAAUUAGUUGGGUCCAACAGCUCUUCAGAUGCGCAAUUACAUCGGAGCUUGAGCAAACAGCAGCAUCAGCAAAAGGUGAUGCUAUCGCAGCUGGAGCGAAGAGCUCUGCGUUCGCUGAAUUUGAUCGAGAAGGUGGAGAGCAUCGGACUGGAGAACAUAAUCAGUGCACAGCGUGGACAUGGACGUGGCAGCGGCAUUGCGAAUCGCAGCAGUUCGCCUCUGUCACAGUUGAGCAACAGUAGCUGCGACAGCCUACAGAGUUUACAUACUAGCAGCAACAGCAUCGUGGACGAUAUACACUUUGAUCGCGCACAAAUCAAAGGUGUUCUGCACCGAGGUCUUAAAUCCCCUACACCCACUCCAGUUACAACAAAUGCAACACAGAUGCCCAGUAGCAGCAGUGCCACAACGAGUGCCUACAACAGCGAGGAUAGCGACGAUCAGGGCAUUGUGCUACAAUUGAAACCCAGUGCAACAUCAACAACAACGACAACUCCGGCAACACUGUCGAAACAUUCAGCUGGAGGAGCAGCUGCAGCAGCAACGGCAACAACAGUAAACGGGUCGGGCAUGGGAACUGGAGUCUCUGCCGUCGCUACGGCCAGUGAAACACGCAUCAAGCAAAUGCAACGACAGAAGUCGCGACGUAAUCUUAAAAAUGGUAUGGCUGCUCAGCGUCCCGAUUUGGGUACCAUUGGUGGUGCUAGUGGGGGCCGCGUACGUCCAGAUCUUGGCAAGGUCUCAGAUAGCAGUGGUACACCAAGUACGGCAACAGCGUCAUCAAUGACAGCCGCUAAGAGCAGUGAUAAUCUAGACUCGAGGGCGGCUUCUCAGAGCAUUACUCAGUCAUUUGUGGGUUCGGUUAGUUCCUUGUUGUUUGGUCGUAAGGGCGGUUGGCUGUAAACGUAACAUGUAUACACCCCACAAACUCCUCACUCCCCAUACACACUAGUAUAUAUUUAUAUACAUGUACUCACGUAUGGAUGCUAGGAAGACUCCUUAAAAGAGACAAGCGCGUCGGAUUAUGAUUUCAUUUUACAGUUUUAGUUUAUUAUACCUAUAUUUAUAUAACAAUAACAAACAAAACACAAAAGCCACACGAAAUAAUAAAAUGGGUUCUAUUUGUCACCGUCUCUGCUCCUGCUGCCGUCGUCGCCGUUGCAGUGACCACUUAUUUGAUGGGCGACUUUUUGUCGCGAUGGAUGUUAUGCAACACUGGCGACGUCCACUGUCUUAGUGUUUGUAGCUGUGAUUUGUAAAUAUUUGUAGUAAAAUGUUUAAAUUUAGUAGUUAAUAUUAAUGAAACUUUCACUUGUUUUUUGCUUAUACAACGGCGACUAACUUUAAGCUAACCAGAACACAAAUAGCAACCAGUACCGACCCAACAAAAAAAUAAUAGUUAGUGCAAACAACAGUUAGUUCCAAAGCAGCUUUUUAUUUACUCAACAACAUUAUCGUUAUAAUUAUACUUACAACAAAUAUUGUUUUUGCCAAUUUUGUAUUUAUUUCCAUGUAUGUUUACAUAAAGGAUACGAAACGAAGAUAGCCUACGAUAUAUUUUAUUUUUCUUUAACAAAUUUUUGUGUAUAAAUAAAAAAAAAUGUGCGAUUUAAAAUUAUGUAUAUAAGAGAUAAAAAGAAACUAGUGGAUAUGCAAAGAUGAACAUAUAUUUUUUUACACAUGUAUAGUUUACGUUUUUGCUUUCCACUUGCUACAUCUUCAAAUAACAUUUUGAAUAAUUUACCCGCUUGCAUUAUUCUAAACUGUAUAUUUCGUAUAUUUUCUUUGGGCUUUGUGUGCGCACACAUAUAAGGAAGAGAGUAUCCCAAAAUGUUUACUAUUUGUUUCUAGUCUUGUUCAGUACUCAUUUGGCUAUACGACUUAUUUGAUGCAUAGCUCCUAAAUUGAGUGCCUAAGAUAUAUCCAUGCAAGCAUCUGAUCAAAAAUCGAAAUACUAAUUUGUUUUUUGAAGAUUCAAUAUUUUUCUAAUCGAUUUAUGUGUUAAUUACCACCACUGUUGGCUAACAUUACACAGUUUACACACAUGUUAGUACAGCUCUGUUAGAUAACUGCAGGAAUUCAGAUAACACGACAUAACAAAUGCAAUAUUAUUACAAAUCAAUAAUUAAAUAAAAAAUUGUCUGCUUUUCUUAUAGUAAUUUUUGUUUAUCAUUUGAAUUUCAUUGACUCAGAUAUCACUCAAUUUAAAAAAUAUAUUAAAAUCAAGAGCAACGUAUACAUAUAUUGACGAAAUUCUACUCGCUUUGAGAAUAUAAGUUUACAAUACCAAAAUAAAAUAAGUAAUUAUGUACACAAAGAGGAAACCGGCAUUAAAGGAGUGUGCCACCCUCCCCCAUAAACAAACAAAAAUGAAAAUGUGAAAGUUAUUAGUUUUAAUUAUUAUCAAUAUAUUUAUUUACGUAUGCAAAAAUAAAGAAAAACAUCGUUAAAUAUAAACUUUUAUCAGUCUUGUCUGGAUUAUUAAAAAUUUUAUUUUAUAAGCAACUUAAACAAAAAUAAUGCAAUUUAUUUCCAUAACUCGUUACUGGUGGAGUGUUAGAUGUGUUUAUCCAUGAUGGCGCGGGUCUCCGAGAAAUACCAAGUAAAGCGUUUGUAAGGAAGUUUUAUGUUUGUUAACCGUGUAAAUGAUUAUUACCUACCAUUGAACAAAAUCAUAUUUUGGAUUUUCUACAAAACGUUUAAUUUUCAUAUAUCGUUUUUAUUUCAUUGUAAUGACUAACAUUUUAAAAAAUUACAAUUCAAUAUUGGAUAAAUUAAUUGUAAGCUUUAUAUUUUUGUAAUUUCUGCUUUAUCUUCACUAUAAUUUAUUAAAUUUGUUAUAUAAGGUUUGUUUCAUUUUUUUCUUCAUGUUCAUUUUCUCAAUUUUCUUCGAAGUGUUAUUUUUCAUUUUUUUUUAAUAUAUAUAAUUUUCUGAUGUUGUUUUGCUUGCUCAUUUUGUAGUAUUGCAACUAUUGCGGGUAUUAUUUAAAUGUAUGUAGUCAUUAAUGUAAAAAUUUGUAUGUACGGUAUUUAAUAUUGUAUAUGCUUUAAUAAGUAAUUUAUAUAGUUAUCCAACUUGCAGCUUGGUAUAGAACAGAAAAAGAAGUGCUAGCAAAAAUGUAAAGGACGAUAGGACCAUUUGCAUUUCAUAAAGCGUACUUUACUUAGUAAAAGAAAGAAUUGCAAUAUAAAAUCUGACUUAACAUAGUAUCUUCUAGAUUCUCGUUCGUUGCUACCUCUUAAUUGUAAUGUACUCGUGUUUAUGUUGUUUGGAUUUGGUUUUUAGAAUAUAUGUUCUCACUAUGCAAUGAGCUAGUUUUCGGAUGGGCGCAACGCUAAACUAAACAUGCAAUUAAGUACAUUUGUCUAAAAGUUAUAUACUAUCAUCAUUGAAAUGCAGUAUUUAGUUCAUAUAAGCAGAUUGCAUCCUUCCACUAGGGUCAUAUAUUUUUAAUUUUCGUGGUUUAUAGUGAAUCAUUUUUAGCGCAUCCUAUAACUUGUAUUGCUAACAUGGUGAAUUAUUGUUUAGCUUUUCUUGAUCUUUUCUAUAUUUAUUGCUGUGUUGCCUGACCCUUGACAGUAUGUUCAAUUGAUUUCGUUACGGUUUAUGGGUACAUCAUAAUCUACUGCUUUUACUGUUAUUUAUAUAUAUGUAUGUAUAUAUACUCCCGAUUACAUCCAUUUAAUGGAAGUAAAUUGGUUUGAAAUAAUAUUAGAAUUGUUACAUAUUUUUUGGAGCUGUUUUUGUUUUGAAAAAUUAAAUAAACAUAAAUUACAUUAAUUAAUACAUACAAUUUGAUACCAAUACGAUUAUGGGUUUAUCUUUAGUUUUAUCUAAUAACUGGGUCGCAAUUUUUAUAUAUUUUUUGUGGGUGUUUGAAUAGCUUUAGUUUUUUUUUUAUUUCGAUAAAUUAUUUCAUGUUUUUUUGUGGUUUUUUUUUGUUUGAAAAAAUGAACACUUUUUAUCUGGUGGGAAUAUACAUAUGGUUUUGGAAAUCUAUUGCACAGAACAUGAAUUUUUGUGGCCAUUUUUGUGCUUUAGCCGCGCUUUGGGCUUGUA